CACGCCGCCCGCCGGGGAGUCGCGCGCUUCGACCGCUCCUCACGAGCUGGCCGGCGUCGGAUCCGCUCGUUCCAGGCGCGGCGGGACGCGCGGCGUGCUGCGGCGGGUUCGAUUUGAUUCGUCCGAGAAGAGGAGCGGCGAACGCGACGAAAAAAACAUCCGAUGAAGUUCAAAGCGACGUUCUCCUCCGUCGGCGUGCAGUGGCUCGAACGGUUCGCGCCGAUAUUCGACAAGCUCGGCAAGGAGCUCAGCGUCCUGUUCACCCCGAACUCGAUCCACCUCGUGCAGAACCACGCCGAGUCCGGCGGGAUCGAGAUACACGCGGAUCUCUUGAAGGACGAAGUCUUCGACGCGUGCCUGCUGCAGUCCGCGAACGAUAACAAGAUCGGCGUGCGCCUCGAGCCCGCGUCGCUGUGCCGCGUCCUGCGCGGCCUCGUCGGCUCCGAGGCGACGCACGUCGAGGUCAAGCUCAUCAAGCGCGAGGUCGCGCCCGGGACGUCGCUGCCGUUCCUGUGCUUCGACAGCAAGGGCGUCGUGGACGUCGUGCAAGACGUCCCGCUCGCGGGCCCGCUGAAUCGCCGCGAGGUGGAGGACCUCGAGACGAUCGUCCAGGCCAACGUCGUGGACGUGCCCUACUGGCUGUGCCUCGAUCGCGCCGCGACCGAGGCGGCGCACGCGGCCGUGGAGCGGUUCCGAGCCGUGGGGGACGUCGUCGAGCUCGCGACGACGAAGGCGGGGUCACUGCACCUCACGACGAACAAGGGAGGGCACGUCGCGCUCGGCGCGGAGCUCAGAGGCGCGGGCGUGCUCCCCGCGUCGGAGGACCGAUACGAGUCCUCGCGCGCGGGCGGCGGCGGCGCGUGGGACGGGGGCACGGGACGCGGGACGGGCACGCAGCCGGGGCUGGAGGACGAGAGCGCGGGUCCGUGCGAGCGGCUCGCGGAGUCUAAGGCGUGCGGCGAGGCCUCGGUCGCGAACGUCGGCACGCGGACGCUGCGCCGGAGCUUGUCGGGGGUGGCGUCGAAUCCGUCGAGGGCGCUCGUGGGGGUGGCGGGGCACGGGAGGCACGUCGAGCUGGUGUUUCGGUACGACCGACAGGCGGUGCGCGGGCCGGACGCGGUGGGGUUGAUGGUUCGGAUGCCGGUCGAGGAGGACGACGAGCUCGAGCGGUGGGAGGAGGACAGCGAUUAGAGAGAGAGAGGACGGGGAUGGAGUAGCGCGCAUGCAUCGAACACGUAGAGGACGACAGCUGGAGCGAGCGGAGGGGAAAAAAUGAACUUCUGUUCGCG